AUGUUAAAAUAAAUAAAACUUAACAAAUCAGAAUCAAAUGACUCUGUUACUCAAUCAUUUUUAGCUAAUAUUGAAAAGAAUAAAUGUAACAUUAAUUUGCUAUAACAUUAGAACUUAAAACAGAUGCGAUUAAUAUUUAUGAUUUAAAUAGUAUCAAAUUGCAAGCUGAUGUAAUUCUCAAAAAUAUUGAGAACUAAAUAAAUAGUAUACUUCAUAUAAUAGAUAGAAUGUUCUUAAUGGAAAUCUUCGAAAGAGUAACCUUUAUCCCUAAAUACUACACAAAACACUAGAAUUUAAUAGUAAGAUAGACAAUGGAGCACCUCAAUAAACAAAAAAAUUCAAUAGCCAAGACCGUUCUCAGCAUUAUCAGGAGUUGCUACAAGAAUUAAGCGAUUCGAAGAUACGAAAGAGAAAUAGAAAAUAGAAUCUUAACAAUAAAUAAUUGAUAAAUGUCCAUAACCAUAAAAACCACCCAAAAGUGCUUUAGCCUUGAACUAGUUAUGCAAUCAAGAAUUGAUUAUGGGAAAUUUCAAGUUGGAAACAAUACUAGGAUCAGGAUCAUUUGCAAUGGUUAGAUUAGGUAUUGAUAAAAAUUCGAAAGAGAAAUAUGCUAUUAAAAUUUAUGAAAAAAUAAAAUUGAAUGAUUCUCAAAAAAUGAACAAUGUAAAAAGAGAAAUAUCCAUCUUGAAAAGGAUUGAACAUCAAAACAUUAUCAAAUUGUAUUGGGCAAUAGAAGAUAAAAAAUCAGUACUUUAUUAUAAUAUAAGAUCAAUUUAGUCAUGGAAUAUAUUUCCUCAUAAUCUUUGGCUUCGUACAUAAAGUCUAAGCCAAAUAGAAUCUUACCAGAAAAAGAAUGUUUAACUUUGUUCUAUCAAAUUGCCAUGGCUAUAAAAUAUUUGCAUGAUCUAAACAUAAGUCAUAGAGAUAUCAAAUUAGAUAAUGUUUUAAUGAUGAAAACCAAUGUAGUAAAACUGAUAGAUUUCGGUUUUGCCAUUUGCAUGCCUCUAAAUUAAAAAACUAACGUUUUUUGUGGAACACCACAUUAUAUGUCUCCAGAAAUCAUAGCAAAGGUAAUUUUACAAUUUAUUGAAUAAGGUUCCUCAUCAUCCUGCUAGUUCAGAUAUUUGGUCUUUAGGUAUACUUUUAUCUAAAAUGAUAACAGGAGAAUAUCCUUUUAAAGGAUAAAAUGAUAAAGAUUUAUAUCGAUAAAUUUAGUGUUAAAAAGUAAAAACUAAUUAAGAUAAAAAAAUAAACGAAAACGUAAUGAGAGUAAUAAAUGGAUGUUUAGAAAAGAAUGUAUAAAAUAGAUGGAACAUUGAUCAGGUCCUGUAUUUCAUAAAGACAUCUUAAUACCAUCAGUAAAAGUAUUUUGAAUUAAUGA